AGAACUCAGUACUUAACACAGUGCGGGGACGGUUGUUCGAGAAGAGAGAUUUAUGCCACGAACGCGAGCAACAUCCGUUGACAAGAAGCGAUUCCCCAAACAGGAAAUCAAGUUGAAGUCUGGAUUGCAACGCCUUCGCGGAACCUGGCGAAGGAUCGGGCCUAGAGAAAGAAACAGGUGGCUAAUUGUUGGCUCAAAAAUUCCUGUUGCGAUCCGCCCACAAGCCGGACUUGACUGGAAUACCUGUGACUCUGGAACUACGAGUGGGGUGCUGCAAAUCCAGCGUUCAUCCAAAACGUUCCGGAAGUCUCAACGGCCUCAGGGUGGCGCCCAUAUUGCAACUCGUCCCGACUCUGCGCCACAGGGGAGGUUCUGUAGGCACGGACGGGUUCCAACGCCUCCGCCGUCGGUCUCUUUUCUCAUCUUCCAGAUGGCCGCCAACGCGCCCCCCAGCACCGCCACGGAAGCGGUGCUGGUCAAGUCGGUCGAGAUGCCCGCGGACGCCCAGAAGGUCGAGGAGCUCGACUUCAACAAGUUCAAGGGCCGGCCCAUCACGGUCGAUGACCUGUACCAGGGCAUGAAGCACAUGGGCUUCCAGGCGUCGUCCAUGUGCGAGGCCAUCCGCAUCAUCAACGAUAUGCGAGCAUGGCGCGACCCGGCGACGGGCGCCAAGACGACCAUCUUCCUGGGCUACACGUCGAACCUGAUCUCGUCGGGGCUGCGCGGGGUGCUGCGGUACCUGGUGCAGCACCGGCACGUGUCGGCGAUCGUGACGACGGCGGGCGGCGUCGAGGAGGACCUGAUCAAGUGCCUGGGCGACACGUACCUGUCGUCGUUCAGCGCGCGGGGCGCCGAGCUGCGCGCGCAGGGGCUCAACCGCAUCGGCAACCUGGUCGUGCCCAACGCCAACUACUGCGCGUUCGAGGACUGGGUCGUGCCGAUCCUGGACCGGAUGCUCGAGGAGCAGGAGGCGAGCCGGAACGGAGGCGGCUCGGGGGCGGGGGAGGGGGAGGGGGAGAAGGAGAAGGAGGAGAUCCACUGGACGCCGUCCAAGGUGAUCCACCGGCUGGGGCGGGAGAUCAACGACGAGCGGUCGGUGUACUACUGGGCGUGGAAGAACGACAUACCCGUGUUCUGCCCGGCGCUGACGGACGGCAGCCUGGGGGACAUGCUGUACUUCCACACCUUCCGGGCGGCGCCGCGGCAGCUGCGCAUCGACAUCGUCGAGGACAUCCGGCGGCUCAACACCAUCGCGGUGCGGGCCGCGCGCGCCGGCAUGAUUAUCCUCGGCGGUGGCCUGGUCAAGCACCACAUCGCCAACGCCUGCCUGAUGCGCAACGGCGCCGAGUCGGCCGUCUACAUCAACACCGGGCAGGAGUUCGACGGCAGCGACGCUGGCGCCCGCCCGGACGAGGCCGUGUCGUGGGGCAAGAUCAAGGUCGGCGCCGAUGCAGUCAAGGUUUACGUGGAGGCAACGACCUGUUUCCCAUUCAUUGUAGCCAACACGUUCGCGAAAGACGACUGAUACCAAAAACAAGUGUGAUGAGCGAA